CCCCGCCCACCCCCCCGCCCGCCUGGGCGGUCCCGGACGCGCUCUCCCUCCUCCUCCCCGCGGCGUUUAAUUCCCCCCGACCGGAGGGUCCCGCUCGCCGCCGCUUCUCUCUUCCAGCAAGCAGUCCCCUUUUCUCUGGUGAAAGUUGGUUGUGGAAGGAUGGCGAGUCCGCAGAGCGCUCUCCCAGCCGCGCCGGGAAGGGGGCCGGUGACCUUCCCGUUUCUGACGACCGGCGGUGGUUUUCCAGGACCGCCGGGCUUCGCGUGCGCGGCGGCGGCGGCGGCUGUGCGUGUCUGUGGAAGCGGCGCGCUAGGGAGCAGUCGUACAGGGAAGGUUUUCUUCUUGGGGAAGUGAAAGGUGAAGCCAAGAAUAGUAUUACUGAUUCCCAAAUGGAUGAUGUUGAAGUUAUUUAUACAAUUGACAUCCAGAAAUAUAUUCCAUGCUAUCAGCUUUUCAGCUUUUAUAACUCUUCUGGUGAACUAAAUGAGCAAGCACUGAGGAAAAUACUGUCGAGUGUCAAAAAGGCUGUGGUUGGUUGGUACAAAUUCCGACGUCAUUCAGACCAGAUCAUGACAUUUAGAGAGAGACUGCUUCACAAAAACUUACAGAAGCAUCUUUCAAGCCAGGAACUUGUUUUUCUACUGCUAACACCAAGCAUAAUAACAGAAAGCUACUCUACUCAUCGGCUGGAGCAUGCCCUAUAUAAACCUCAAAAGGGGCUUUUUCAUAGGAUACCUUUAGUGGUGGCCAAUCUGGGCAUGUCCGAACAACUGGGUUAUAAGACUAUAUCAGGUUCCUGUGAGUCUACUGGUUUUAGCCGAGCAGUAAAAACACAUAGCUCUGAAUUUUUUACAGAAGAUGGAUCUUUAAAGGAGGUACAUAAAAUAAAUGAAAUGUAUGCUUCUUUACAAGAGGAAUUAAAGAGUAUAUGCAAGAAAGUAGAAUACAGUGAGCAAGCAGUAGAGAAACUACUAAAGGAUGUAACCAGAUUGAAACGGGAAAUUAAAAAAAGAAAACAGGCACAAACCCAAGCAGCACGUGAGAACAUCGAAAAAGACCCUCAGGAGAACAUUUUUCUUUGUCAAGCUUUACGGACCUUUUUUCCAGAUCAAGAAUUUCUUCAUUCAUGUGUUAUCUCCUUGAAAAACAGGCAUAUCUCUAAAAGUAGCUGCACUGCCAACCACCAGCUCAAUGUGAUAGACAACCUGACCUUAAUGGUAGAAUACACUGAUGUUCCUGAAGCUAGCCCAGCUAGCGGCACACCACAGAUGCUUAAACGUAAAGCUUUAGAUACCGAUGAUGGAUGGCAAUUGAAGAAGUCACGGCUGUUAGAGAUACAAAACAAACCAUCUAAAACAGAUCCUGAUAGUAGUAAUCAAGAAAAAGCAUCCACAAUGAGCAGCCCGGAAACAGAUGAAGACAUUGAAAAAAUGAAGGGUUCUGGUGAAUAUCCACAGUCUCCUACAUUUUGAUCCUUUUAGGUCAAAAGGAGAUUUUUAAUUAGCUGAAGGGUAAAGCCAUUUAUAUUGUUUUUACCAAAUCCAGGUAUUUGCAGAAAUACAUACAUUCUAGUGCA